AUGGCUUUCAUCAUAACAUGGAAAUGGUAUGGAAGCAGGAGCUCUCUGAUUAUUGGAUCUCAAUUUUGGCUGACUGUAAGAGGGCCUAGAUCCCAGGUGACAAUGGGAUUCAGUGUUUCUGGGCUUGUGCGACAUAAGAGCGAUGUGAAUGAGGGGCGGUCUAUUUGGAUCAGAGCUCUUCCGGGUAUUGUUAUCCUCGGCGAUAAUAGUUUGUCUAACAGUCUUCCUAUGGCUGCAAGUUCAGUACUCCUGGGGUGA